AUGAAGGAGAAAGGUGUGAAAGCAGAUGUUGUGACUUAUAAUGUGCUUAUUGGUGCGCUGUGUUGCAAGGGUGAGGUCCGGAAAGCAGUAAAGCUCUUGGAUGAGAUGGUGGAGGUUGGUUUGGAGCCAAAACAUAUGACGUACAAUACCAUUAUAAAUGGGUUCUGUGAGAAGGGGGAUGCUAAGGGUGCCCAUGAAAUUAGGAUUAGGAUGGAGAAACGUAAGAAACGGGCGAAUGUGGUUACACACAAUGUGUUUCUCAAGUACUUCUGCAAGAUGGGGAAGAUGGAUGAGGCUAAUGUGGUACUGAAUGAGAUGUUGGAGAAAGGUCUAGUUCCAAACAGGAUCACUUAUGAAAUAAUAAACUCAGGCAUGAUAGAAAAGGUAACUGUUGCAUUCAACUUUGACGAGUUUGAUGAUGUUGCAUCAGAUGACUACCGAGACAGUGGUGGUGAACAAGAAAAUGAGGCACUUGCUAUCAGUGAUGAUGAUGUCAUGGGAGAAGCAGUGUAUGAUGAGGAAUACCUGAGAAGUCGCAAACAACAGCCAAUAUCGAGUGCUUCUGAAGAGGAUGAAGAGUUCUGGUUGGAACAUGAUGAAGAAGAGGAAUAUUCAUUGAGUACCAAGCUUGGAAAGGCAAGGAAAUCUGAUGCAUCAGGUACUGAUGCUAGCUCCAAUGCCAAGAAUGUGAUAUGGGGCUCACGACAUUGUGUCAAGAGCAAGAGGAAGAAGAAGAGGAGGAUACUCCUGAUAAAAUGGACCGCUAUGGCAGAAAAUAAAGUAGAACCGGAUGAGGAGCUGAAGGAGCAGCCACAAGAGCAGCCUGUAGAGAAGAUGAAUGCUCCAAGCUGGGAAAGUGGAAGUGUAGGCAGAACAUUCCUAGAUCUAAACGAGCUUGCACCUGGAGUUGGCUUUGACGAUAGGCCAAGCAAAGCUUGA